AUGUGGGUCUCGCAGCCGGUCUGCCCUGCCGGCAAAGAUGACUCGCUCGGUCCGUGGGCCGGAGACUACUGCCGGGGAGGCUUUGACCUCACGCUACUGUUCGAGGAAGCCAUACUUGCGGUUCCCUUGCAAUCCCUCCUCCUGCUCGUGCUCCCCAUCUGUGCCCUACGCCUAGCAAGGUCGGAUGUCAAGGACGUCGCCAGCACACUACGCCACCUCAAAGCCUCUGCAUCCGUUUGCCUGGUUGCCCUCAACCUUGCCCAUCUCGUACUGUGUAUCACCACGCCCUCGGAUGCCCCCCCCCGCACACGGGCAACCAUUCCCACUGCUGUCCCCAGCCUCGUUGCCUCGCUCGGGGUGGGUUUGUUGUUAUGGCUCUCGCACGAACGGUCCCUGAGGCCGUCCUUCAUCCUCUCCACUUACCUCUCCCUGUCGGUCCUGCUGGACACCGCCCGUGAUCGAACUUUGGCUGUCAUGGUCCUUCUUGAAUCGACAGAGAAGCGCCGCAUACUAGUUCCGCGACACAAAGGAUACUCCAAGGAGGUCACCAGCGGGACUUUCAGCAGAUCCGUCUUUUUCUGGCUGACGUCGCUCUUUGUCAAUGGAUACAGGAACAUCCUCCGCCUGGACGACCUCUACCCACUGGAUCCGAAGCUAGCCUCAGGGCCUAUAUACAGGAAACUCGCCGACGCGUGGGACAAAGUCCCGGACAAAACCGUACCCGGCGCCCUGUUCAGCACCUGGCUCUAUACGUUUGCGGGUCCCCUGUCUGCGCUCAUCGUCCCGAAACUCUUCCAGAUUGCUUUCAAUUAUGCCCAGCCGUUUCUCAUAGACGAGUCGAUCCGCCUGGCCAGCCAGCCGCAGACGCGGCUCUACAACAAUCGUGGCUUUGGAUUGAUAGGGGCGUACGCUCUUGUCUAUACCGGCAUUGCUGUUUCGACGGGUCAGUAUGAUUGGCGCAAUCAGCGUGCGGGAUCGAUCACGAGAGGUAGCACAAGAGCACUUGUCUACAGGAAAGCACUGAGACUGGAUCUAUCGUCGCCGAACAUCAGUCCCUCGGGAGCAUUGACUUUGGUUGGGACCGAUACCGAGACUAUCAGCAAAGGCAUCACCCAUCUUCAUGAGGUGUGGGGAGGGCUCCUGGAGAUCGGGAUUGGGAUUUACCUAAUCUACAGGCAACUUGGGGCUGCUUGCGCCAUGCCCAUCGCCCUCAUCUUUGCCGUCCUCAUUGCCACGGCCUUUUUCGCCAUUCCGACUGGCAAAGCGUCAGCAGAAUGGAUCAAAGCCUCACAGGACCGAGUUUCAACAACCCCGAAGACGUUGGGAAGUAUAAAGUGGCUGAAAGCCUCCGGUCUUAAUGACGUGGCCUUUUUGGUUAUCCAGAAGCUCCGGGUUACUGAGCUGGAGGUGUCAAGAAGAUUUAGGAUCUUGCUCGGCGUCUCUAUGAUGUUCUCAUCCCGGCGCGGCGACACUUUGACACUUCAAAAGGCUUUCACGGCAUACUCUCUGUUGAUCCUGGUGAACCAGCCUCUGGUUGGUAUUGUCAUGGGUCUGCCCCUUCUCGCAACUGCCAUGACGUCUUUCCAGAGAAUUCAAGACUUCCUGAAUGGAAAGGAGCGCAACAACAGCGGACUCAUCGCGGACAGUCCGAAGCGAAGUGAAAAUAUCUUGACGGGGAACAUGGAUUCUCGGCGCCCCGAUCGGAAGACCGUGCCGUCGCAGGAUCUCGAGCUCUUGGAAUUGCAAGGGGACGACUCUGCACGGUCCAAUCUUGCUGAAAACGUCGUCAUUUCCGUCAAAGGAACGUUCGCGUGGUCGGAAGACUCCAAACCUGUCAUUGACAUCGACAACUGGAACAUCAAGCGAGGGGCUUUUACUUUGGUUCUGGGGCCUGUUGGAUGCGGAAAGUCGACACUUCUCAAAGCUCUCCUCGGUGAACUUUCAUCCUUCAAUGGAACUAUACAUACAAACCUGAGCGGCAUCGCAUACUGCAGCCAAACCGCGUGGAUACCGAACGAUACGGUACGGAACAUCAUUAUUGGCUUUGCAGCCUUUGAUCCGUCCUGGUUUCAGACUGUCAUUAGAGCCUGUGCUUUGGAGCAAGACAUCUCCAACUGGCCACAGGGAGAGGAUACUGUGGCUGGGAGCAAGGGGAUUUCCAUGAGUGGCGGACAGAAACAUCGGCUGGCUAUUGCGCGAGCUUUGUACGCAAGAGAGGAGCUGCUGCUUUUCGACGACGUCUUCAGCGGUCUUGACCCUGGUACUGAAGACAUCGUCUUUAACGGCCUUUUUGGUAGCGACGGCUUGCUUAAUGAUACUGACACGACCGUUGUCUUGACAUCGUCCAAUUCGCGUCGACUACCAUUUGCCGACGAAGUCAUCGUUCUCAGUGAAGAUGGCCAGAUCAUAAACAACGAAAUAGCCGGGCGAUCUACCAGGGAGCAAUCUCUCGGGAAGGAGACCGUCGAAUUGAAUAACUUCCCGAAAGCGGCACCUCGUCAAGCUGGAAGCUACAAUGACUCUUCGCCAGCUGCGUUAUUGGGCAUGCUUGAGGAUCAGGCUGACGCCACACGUCAACUGGGCGAUUGGGGCAUGUACAGUUUCUACGCCAAGGCCGCCGGAUGGUUCAGUCUGACUGCCUUCGUCAGCGCCAUGGUUGUAUUCGCCUUUUGCGAUUCUUUUCCAGAUAUUUGGCUCAAGUGGUGGGCGGAAUCGAACGAGACGAGGCCGAACAAGGACCUUGGCAGGUGGCUUGGUGUCUACGCUGCUCUUGGGGUCGGAUCUGUCGGAUCUGUCUUGUUUGGUAUGUGGCAACUCUUCAUCGUCAUCAUCAAUCGGUCCGGCGUCUAUUUUCACGGUGUAUUGCUAGACACCACGUCUCGUGCACCGAUGUCAUUCCACAGUUCCAUAGACAGCGGGGUCACAGUCAACAGAUUCAGUCAGGACCUCCAACUCAUCGACAUGGCACUUCCGUCAGCUGCACUCGGGCUAGCCAUUGGCGUAGCGGUCGGGGUGGCCCGCUUCAUCAUGAUUUCCGUAUCCUCUCGAUACAUGGCCGUCAUCCUUCCCUUACUGAUCCCUAUAUUCUGCUCCAUCCAGCACUUCUAUCUUCGCACCUCGCGCCAGGUGCGUCUCCUCGACAUCGAGCACAAGGCACCGCUCUACUCCCAUCUGAUCGAGACCCUCGAGGGUUUGGCGACAGUAAGAGCGUUCAGGUGGGAGGACGACUUUGAGAAGACGAACCUGCACCGACUGGACAACUCACAACGACCCAGCUACCUGCUCACUUGUCUCCAGCAGUGGCUGACAUUUUCCGUGGACAUGGUGAUUGCGGUGAUCGCGAUUGUGAUGAUGACGCUCGUCACGACAAUGCGGGAACAGAUCGGGCCUGGGUUCAUUGGCAUUGCUUUGACCAAUAUCUUGUCCUUUAGCGGUAUAGUAAAAACGAUCAUCACUUCAUGGGUCACUUUGGAGAUCUCACUCGGCGCGGUUGCGCGGGUGAGGAACUUCACCCUGACCACCAGACCCGAAGGGGAUGCCGAGACCCAUCUUGCUGCGCCGGAAGAUGAGUGGCCCAUUCGAGGUGCGGUAAAGAUCCGUGGCGCAACAGCGUCAUAUUCGUCAUCCGGUCCGGUCCUAAAAGGGGUCGACUUGUCGAUACAGCCAGGCCAAAAGGUCGCAAUAUGCGGUCGAACAGGCAGCGGCAAAAGCUCACUCAUGCUCUGUCUCCUCCGCAUGAUGGAGCUAGAUGCCGGGUCUAUUACGAUCGACGGCAUCGACAUCUCCACCCUUCCGCAUGAGUACGUCCGCUCCAAGCUCGUGGCCGUGCCGCAAGAGUCAUACAUCUUUGACGGGACAGUCCGUCUGAAACUCGACCCCACCGAGACUGCCCCAGACUCCGAGGUCGUGAGCGUUCUUGAAAAGCUACAGCUCUGGGCCAAGGUGGAGGAGCGAGGCGGCCUCGACGCGGUCAUCGACGACACGUUCUUUUCGCAGGGCGAGGCGCAGCUGUUGGUCUUCGCGCGGGCGAUGCUGAGGAAGGGCAAGGUGCUGGUCUUGGAUGAAAUCAGCAGCAGCCUGAACGAAGAGUCGAGCCGGGUUGUCAACGAGGUCCUCCGGACGUGGUUCCACGACUGGACCGUCAUCGUCAUUGCACACAAGCUGGAGUCGAUCCUGGAGUUUGACCGAGUUGCGGUCAUUGAUGCGGGGGUGGUAGUCGACUAUGACGAGCCGCAACGGCUCCUCGGUCGCGCCUCCUCUUUCAAGGCACUGUAUGAGCACUCGUCUCGGCCGAUCUCUUAA